AUGUCAUCCCAGCACUACAUCAACGAAAAAGGCGCCGGCGAGAAGCACAGCGAUCUAGGCCACUACUCCCAAGCAGUCAUCCUCGGCAACAUCGUCAAAUGCUCCGGCCAAGGCGGCUGGGACAACGAAGGCAACCUAUCGCAAUACGACUCUCGCGCACAGAUCGACAACGCCUUCGACAACGUGGACCGAGUCCUGCAAGCCGCCGGCUUGAGAGGCUGGGAAGAUGUCUACUGCCUGAGGAGCUACCAGGUUGAUAUUGGGGUGCAUUGGGAGUAUUUGGUUGAGAAGCUCAGGAAGCGGAUUCCGGGGCAUAGGCCUAUUUGGACGGCGUUGAGUGUGCCGAGAUUGGCGUUUGAGGCUAUGACUGUUGAGCUUGAAGUUGAGGCUAUUCGGCAGGAAUGA